GUCAAGUUAAGCACGAUUUGAGGUUAGAACAAGGUUUCAAACAGCAAGGUUAUAAAAAAUUGAAUUAUAUUAAUAAAGCGAAAUGUUGACUGGAAAACUAAUUAGUGCAGUUUCAAAAGGUGCAUUUUUUAAGACUCCUGUUGUAAAUAACUAUUUACGAAUAGCAUUUAAUAUAGAAAAUGUGAGACACAUUUAUUCAAAAACUACAUUAGGAAUAGACACGUUCCUACAACAAUGUGAAAUUACUCGAAAACAAAUGGAAAACGUAGGCGAUAAAUUUAAACAAAAAAUGUCCGAAAUCGACGUAAAAGAAGGUAAACAAAUGGUAUUUACGGAAGAUCUAAAAAACAUGAUACACCUCACGAGCGACGAGAAAGAUCUUGAACUAGUGAUACGAAUGAUUAAAAAGUUUAACAAACAAAAUAAGGAAUUACGUUUUGGAAGCUUUAUUUUCGGUCCUGUUGUAAUGCGUCUCUUCCAUCAUCAAAAUAAACCUGAUUUAGCUCUGGAAUGCUUCAAAUCAGAUGAACUUUCAGGGUUUUUUGAUCAAAUGAUAACCUACCAAAUUCUGUUGGAUCUGUUAUUCGAAAACAAACAAUAUCAACAAUUAUUAGAUUGCGUAGAAUUUAUAAAAGAAAAACAAUUAGAAGGUUUGAGGUAUCCAAGGAAUGUUGUGGUUUUAGCUCUUGCGGCAUGUUAUAAGAUGAAUUCAAAGGAAAGUUUAGAUUAUGCAUUAAAACUUUGGCAAGAGUUGAAAGAUGUUGGUCAUUUUCCUAUGCGAAGGGCAACGACAUUUUGUGCAGCGCUUGCUUAUAAUCAAGGAAAUCCUGGUAUUGCCUUGGAGAUUCUCACUAGCGCCAAAAAUCAAAAUUAUACAACUGUCAGGAAUUUGAAGGCUGCUUGCUUAGCCGCAGUUGGUAGAGUUGAAAAUGCGAUUUCGUUAAUGAAAUCUAUUCUCAGCGACGACACUCCGGGUAAUCACAAGCACACUUUCAAUAGAGACGUUUUGGACAAAAUAAAAGAAGCCGUCGCCGGUCUCGAGAAUCCAGAACUCGCUUUAGAGUUCAAUAGAAUCGAACAGCUUCUUAUGAAGCAAGGUCACAUUUCUGAUAUGGGUAUCGACGAGCAAUUAUGCGCUGAAAUACAACCCCCUGCUAUGAUUACGGAAAAGAGACAAAAUAAAUUCCAACCGAGGUUCAGAAAAACUGAUUAUAAGCAAAGGAGCUUUACUCAGAAGAAAUAUCCAUAUCAACAACGUCCCGGUUUGGAUGAAUUAGUGUGAAUUAUAUUUCUUUCUGUAAUUUUAAAAAAAAUUAUAUAGUAAAUUUUU